AUGGGGACCCGGGAGCUGUCCGUGGUGCUGAUCCUCGCCGGGGGACUCGUGCACGUGUCCCUGCAGGGGGAGUACCAGAGGAAACUCUACAAGGAACUUCUGAAGAAUUACAACCCUUUGGAAAGGCCUGUGGCCAAUGACUCCCAGCCACUCACUGUCUCCUUCAGCCUCAGCCUCAGGCAAAUCAUGGAUGUGGAUGAAAAGAACCAAGUUUUAACCACCAAUAUUUGGCUACACAUGUACUGGACAGACUACUAUUUACAGUGGAAUAUGUCAGAAUAUCCUGGAGUGAAGAACGUCCGUUUUCCUGAUGGCCAGAUUUGGAAGCCGGAUAUCCUUCUAUAUAACAGUGCUGAUGAGCGCUUUGAUGCUACAUUUCACACCAAUGUUUUGGUGAACUCGUCAGGAUACUGCCAGUACCUCCCCCCAGGAAUAUUCAAGAGUUCUUGCUCCAUAGAUGUGCGCUGGUUUCCUUUUGAUGUCCAGAAAUGUAAAUUGAAGUUUGGAUCCUGGACUUACGGUGGAUGGUCUUUGGAUUUGCAAAUGCAAGAAGCAGAAAUAUCUGGAUACAUUUCAAAUGGCGAGUGGGAUUUAGUCGGUGUUCCCGGGAAAAGAACCGAAUCUUUCUAUGACUGUUGCAAAGAGCCUUAUCCGGAUGUGACCUUUACGGUGACGAUGCGACGGAGGACUCUGUAUUAUGGGCUCAACCUUCUCAUCCCCUGCGUGCUGAUCUCAGCUCUUGCCCUUCUUGUUUUCCUGCUUCCAGCUGACUCUGGGGAGAAGAUUUCACUCGGAAUCACCGUUUUACUCUCCCUCACAGUGUUUAUGCUCCUGGUGGCUGAAAUUAUGCCAGCAACAUCGGAUUCAGUGCCAUUAAUAGCACAGUAUUUUGCAAGCACCAUGAUUAUUGUUGGACUUUCAGUUGUGGUUACCGUGAUUGUUUUGCAGUAUCACCACCAUGAUCCAGAUGGGGGGAAAAUGCCCAAGUGGACCAGAAUCAUCCUUCUCAACUGGUGUGCCUGGUUCCUGAGAAUGAAAAGACCAGGGGAGGACAAAGUGCGACCAGCAUGCCAGCAUAAACAGCGUCGAUGCAGUAUGUCCAGCAUAGAUGUAAACACUGUGAGUGGCCAGCAAUCCAGUAAUGGGAAUAUGCUCUACAUAGGCUUCAGAGGCCUGGAAGGUGUCCAUUGCACCCCUACCACUGAUUCCGGUGUGAUCUGUGGGAGAAUGACUUGCUCCCCGACUGAUGAAGACAACCUCCUUCACAGUGGACAUCCAUCUGAAACUGACCCAGAACUGGCAAAGAUCCUAGAGGAGGUCCGAUAUAUUGCCAACCGGUUCCGAGACCAGGAUGAGGCAGAAGCCAUUUGCAAUGAGUGGAAGUUUGCCGCUUCUGUCGUGGACCGCCUCUGUUUGAUGGCUUUCUCGGUCUUCACAAUAAUUUGUACCAUUGGCAUUUUAAUGUCGGCCCCCAAUUUUGUAGAGGCUGUUUCUAAAGAUUUUGCUUGAACUGCACUUGUGGACUUGCAAAAAAAGUUUUUUUAUGUUGGCAAUCUAUUAAAAUAUAUUAAGUAGCAAUAGCAUAUUCAGUGCACUUGGCUUAUGUAGGAUGUUUGGAUGCAAACUUC